GUUUUCCUCUAAAAUUUGAAUUUUCUCUGGCCAGAUAAGUAUGAAAGCAACCUCAAGUUUGGUGCAAGUAUGUGCAGCUAUAAUGUGGCUGCUGUACCUUUUUUAGCUGUUCACUUCUUCUUUUCUUGGUCGUCUAACUGACCAAAUAACAAUUUUUAAAUUCCUUGUAAUAUUUUAAUUGAUCCUCAUGAGACUGUAAGUGUGAGACUCAUGUUUAUUUAUGUAAUGAGCUUGUUAACCUAUUUCUAAUUCUUGCAUUUUUGAAAACUACAUUGUCCUCUGAUCACGCAGGAAUUUUUUCAGAUUUUUCCGAGCAGUUUUUCCCUCCGAAAACGACUUAUGAAGUUCGAAAUUUUAAAAUGCCGCGUUCGCCCGCGUUUUAGCGGCAUUCCAAAAUGGCGCCGGAAUUACCCCCUGAGAUUUGACCACACAUCGUCGAGGCAUUGUAAAAAGGCUACUCCUGCUCUACCGUUCAACCGAUUGUCCCUUGAGGUUAUGAGGUAGCUGAUAAGGCAAUCAUUUUUGCAUUUUUGUGCGUGUUUGCAAAUCGUCAAGUGAAGUGUUUUUAAAUUGUUGACUGUAAGAAGUGUUACGUGUUCUUAAAUCACAGGUAAAAAAGUUGACAGUGAUUUCGAAAAGGGCACAGAUCAAAAUCUGCCAAAAGUUGAUUCUAUCAUGCUUGCUCAGUUCUUCUCCACACCAUCGUUUUUGUCCCCUGAAAUGAGGAAUUGGAAAACUGUUAGGUAAGUUCGGACCUACUAUAUUUCAACAUGGAAAAUAUUCCAUGUCGAGUAUUGUGGAACCUCAAUCUGAAUGCAAGAAUACAUCAUCUUUUGACACUUGUUAUCAUUGCUUCAAGAUGGUCCUUUUUUAAUACGUCCUCAGUGAUCUUCAAGUGCCGUGACACCGCAUCCGCAGCUCCAAAUUCUUCAACAUUUAGUACACAUUAGUUGAAGGGUCAACAUUUAUCUAUCAACAGAGACUUUAUUAUGUAAUACGUCUGCCAACAUUUACCAUUGAACUAUGGUAAGAGUCCACACCAAAUUAGUUUGUGCACUUUUAGACUGUGACAGAAGAUUGUUUGACGUAAUUUUUUAUUGUUAAGUUAAUUGAAGAAUCUAGACGGUAGAUCUCCUUUCACAGGCUACAAAUGCACAAACUUAGUUGGCAAGAACUCCACUGUGAAGAAUGUCUGAUCACGAAAAGAGAGAAACCCUCUCAAUCAAGAAGAAAAAUUUAUCAUCAGCCUCCUCUGUUUUUAAUUCAUCAGUGCAUGGCUUAGUCAUUUUUAAGCUCAUGUCUCUUGCUAAACAAUAAAAUUGUAUUAUUACAGGUAUUGAACCUGAGACUCACGACCAAUGAUUGUUGCGACAAAUGUCCCUGUCAAGUAGUAUGGGAUAGAUGUAAAUUCUCUAUGUACAGCUAUCUUGAUGAGGACACUUUAGCAUCAAACUCUGGGAAACAUCUACUAUUCAUGAUUUGGUAAACUUUUUGCAAAGCUGCCUCCUUACAAGCCAGCUGUUUUUGACAAUUCAACUGGAAUGGGUCAAGUGAGUUCUCUCUUUCACUAUUUUAGAUGUUACCUAUAUCAUCAGCAAGGUAAUCAGCAUUUCCUGUCAGGUCUGUAACUUAUUAUGGUUGCAAACAUGUGGUAGCGUUUGUUUGCUGGUUGCAUCGACAAAGCGAGACUCCGGCAAGAACACCAGUGGAGUGCUACUGGAGAAAUUCAACUCUGUCUAAAGUUGGCGGCUCCAUGAAAGCGUUGAGAAUUGAGGAAAUUCAUCCACCCUCAACUGUGACGCUGUCGGAGGAGGUGAAAAAUGAAUUUUUCAACGCCUCGAUUGAAGUUUUGAAGAAAUCCAGCCCCUCAAUAUUAAGAAGUCACUGUGAAGAGCAAUCGACGUAUGCCUUGUUCCACCUCAUGCCGAAGUAUGUGCAGACUCCAGAGCCUCACAGCCCUGAUGGUUGCAUUGAAUGUUGUGAAAAUUCCAUGACCGAUGCUGAAUGUGAGGCUUUGGUGGCUGCAUCUGCUGGGCAGUCGAAAUCAAGCCUCUGGUGUGAAGUGAGACAAGGUAGAGUCACAGGCUCAAAUAUUCAUCAAGCUUCAAGAAGUUCAGGAGGCAUCAGCCUUGUAAAUCUGAUUCUAGGCGCGGUCCCUUUCAAGGAAACCAAGGCCAUGAAAAGGGGCAGUGACCUAGAACCAAUAGUUUUGAACGCCGUUCAAAAAAUAUUUAAAAAUGAAAAAAUGAGUAGAGGAGGAGUGAUUUUAAAAAGGAAGCACCCAAUAUUUGGUGCUUCUCCAGAUGCCUAUCUAGGAAAGUAUAUUGUCGAAGUAAAGUGUCCUAUGUCCAAAAAAACUUAUAAAAGGUACUUUGAUAAGUCCGGAGAAAAACCAACCAAGAAAUCUAGGGGUCAGAUGCAGUUACAAAUGUUCAUGUCUGAUCUUAGGGAAACAUUGUUCUGCGUGGCUUACCCCUCCUUCAGUAAAAGUAAUAAUAGUCCUCGACUUGUGAAAAUUGUGAGGGAACAAUUUGAUCAAAUUUUUUGUGACAACAUGAUGUCUCUGGCCAGAAAAUUUUGGGAUGCUCACAUUUACCCAAGACUGUAUGCUGCAGUAAAAAUGUGAAGUAGGUAGUCCAAGUUAUUUCUGGUCGACAGGUUUUUUAAUUGCCUUUUUCUUGACUACCACCAACGAAUGGUACAUGUUCCGUUUUGACAAGUGGGACCAAAAUGUACCAGGUGUAUUUCUGUAUUAGUACAGAUGAGUGCAGACAACGUAAGGUAUUAGGUGUUCCAUCACAUGCUUAUUCCUUGUAAGCUCAUGUUCCAUAUUUUAGUCAUAAACAGAAAAUGAGUUUUUUCUGGACUCCUUAUUGCAAACUUCCUGCUCACCAAAAAAUCUGAAUUCACUAAAGCAGCUAACUACAUUGCGAUCAGUACAUUUUGCUAUUAAAUUAUUUUCUCAGCAUACUAAGUUUUUCUUAUCAAUUUUUGAAGUGCAGCGUGGCAAAGGAGGUAGGCAAUGGAUUUGAAACACAGAUAAAGUUAUUUGCAGGUUGGUUUUCAAUUAUAAUGAUUUUUUCAGGAGCAGGAAGUUUGAAUUUUCUGAUUUUAAUUUAAACUAAAGAUGAUAUUUCUGUAUUAAAUUAUUUACAUUCAUUUGAACUUUUUAAGCACGUGAAACUUCAAUGAGGAAGUUACAUUCCUCUGACCUAAUUUUUAUCUCAUAUAGAAAUCCGCUGUAAGUCUAAGAAGUUCCUGCAAUUUGCAUAGUAAAGUCUCCUUCAUUUUAGGAAGUUACUGAGUUUUUAAAAAAAAUUGGUUUCUAGGAUAACAAAAAAUAUGACGGAUGCAUUGCAAUUUUUUUAUUGGCAAGAUACGCAUAUUUGCCCUCAAAGGGCGGGUGUACAGAAUAUUUCUGAAAGAAAUUAAAGGAGAGUUUAAAAGCUUCUUUAUGGAGAAACUCUUUCAUCUUACUCGAGAGGCCUUGAAUUUUCAAAAAUUGAGAGAACAAAUAUGUAGCAUAAGUAUCAAUGAAAAAUUAAAAAAUGACAAUCACAGUAACAAUUUCAUAACUGAAGUUUCUUACCUCUUACGAGAUCAUUUUAGACAUACACAAUUUGUUGAAAAAAAUUGGUUCCAUUUUAAAAGAAAACUUAUGCUGCUUUGCUAGCAGAAAAUGUUUGCAUCACACACUAAAACAGAUAUUGACUAGACAAAAUUGAAAACAAGUGAAACGGUAAAACUAUUGUACAUUAAAUAUAAUGCAAGGAUGCAACUUCUUAAAAAGAAUUAAAAUGGAUAUCUUGUAACACUCAUUUUAUUCAAGGAUGCAACUUCUUCAAAAAAAUGAAAAUGGAUAUUUUCUGACACUCAUUUUAUUGAUGAAACUUAAAAUUCCAUCAACCAUCUGUUUACUAUAAACCUUCUAAAAAUUGAAAGCACUUCGUAAGUCAAAAUUAAAAUAUUAUAUGGCUUCAAUGUGGUUCCUUCAUCAUAUAAAUACAAUAUUAAUUUAUCUUUUUACAUGAAAUAUGCCAUUUAAGCCGACACAUUGUACAUGAUGAUAUUUCUGACCAGACAGUCUUAAAGACUAUGCAUGUUUAAAAAAUUGCUGACAGCUAUGAGAAAUUUUGUUUUUAACUACAAUUAAACUAUUAGAGGGAAAACAUGAAACACCAAAUUGACAAUUUUUAGUAAAAAAAAACAGACUGUAAAUUGUGUCUGACAGAACUUGCAAUGCUUGGCUCAAAAAGGAGGCUGAAUUGGUCUUAAAACUGCGAGUUUUACAAAUGAGACCAGUUCAACUUAGGACUGUAAAUAAUUCGGUGACUGAAAACUUAUACUUCCAAUUAGAACGAACCCUUUAAAUGAUCAUGCAGAUUUUUUUGGAGUUUCAGCUAAAGUUCUAAUGCGACAAGAUAAAAACACUAAAAAUGUGGCGUGAAUACUGUGAACAACAAGAUUGUAGAAAAGUGCUUGGUUCAUGCUGUUCUGCAAGGAAUUUGAUGUCAAUAAAUCCAAAAAUUAGCAUUGAAUUUCAAAAAAUGAACUUCAAUGAGUUUCAGUGCACGGCUAAAAGGGGAGAGUGUUAAGCUCAGGCAGAUGUAGUGAUAUAAUACUCCAAUACAUCUGCCUGAACAUCACACUUCCCCCUCAGUCUUGCACAAGAACUCAUUAGAGUUCAUUUUGUGACUUUAAUGCCAGUUUCCUUGGUUUUGGCUUUGAUUUCCUGACAGAAUGGGGUGGACGCAGCAUUACUCUACCAGCUCCUUUUAGGAAUAAUCGAACAAAUUGAGAAUGUUGAGACCUUCAUAAACCCUCUAUGGCAUAAUGUUACUAAGUCGUAACAACCCGUUUCUUGGUUCUUUAAAAAUUGAAUUAAAUCUCCGUGACAUAAUAUUACCAAGUGUUUAAAAAAAAAAAAUUAUUACCAAAAUUUUGUAAUUUUUGUGGAAAAAUUUGAGACUAUGUCUUUACGAAAGCUUUAGGAGAGAUUUGUGUCCUCCAGAAUCCAAAACCUAAAAUUGAUUUAUGCCAUAGAGGGUUGACUGCUUUGAGAUUUCUAAUGUAAAACUUCUGACUACCAAGAAGCACAGAUUGUAAGCAAGGUGAUUUGAUGGACGCCAUAUUUUGUGUCAGAACAACGUGCAAUGAAUUGGAUCCACUGGUUCUAUGUUUUCGGCUACUUGUAAUUUUUCUCAAAUUUUGAAAUUGUUUUUCUGUUGUUACAGGACUAAAGAAUUCACUUACCAAAUUUAACGAGCAAGUUCAUCCUGAUGAAGGCAAGGUUUUUUUUAGAGGAGAAAUGUCACAUUCGAUACUGAUAUCGAAACAACACUCGAAUGCAAUAUUUUUCCUCUAACAAAACCCUGCCUUCAUUACAAUGACUUCCCUUGUUAAGUUUGGUAAGUAAAUUUUUUAAUCUCGUGAUAACAGAAAUGUCAUGUCAAAAUUGGAGAAAA